AUGUUCAAGAGCGGCAUUUCCGCCUUCGCCCGGACGGCUCGUCCCUCCUUCGCGGCGGCGACUCGUCGCGCCGUUCGCCCGGCCCCCCUCAACUUCAGAGCCCCUGCCCUCAGCAGAUUCGCCAGCACGGCCGGUGUUGGUGAUGGCAAGAUCUACCAGGUCAUCGGUAAGCUCGACCGGCCAGACCACAAGCAUGCGCCCACACUAGAGGUGGGACAAUCCGGGAAAAUUCAGCUAACCAUGUCUCUCCCAACCAACAGGUGCCGUCGUCGAUGGUUAGUAACCGCAACACCACCCAGCAAAAACAAUUUUGACAAUGUCGUCCCCGAGAUCAUUGUCGCUGACCCCCUGCCCACAGUCAAGUUCGACACCGAGAAGCUCCCCCCCAUUCUCAACGCCCUUGAGACCCAAAACGGUGGCAACAAGCUUGUCCUCGAGGUCGCGAGUAUGAUCGGGGACACCCAACUGACGUUUGCUAGUGUCGGCCCUGCCACUCUUGGUCGUAUCAUGAACGUCACCGGUGACCCGAUCGACGAGCGUGGACCCAUCAAGACUGACAAGCGCCUCCCCAUUCACGCCGAGGCUCCCGAGUUCAUUGAGCAGUCCACCACCGCCGAGAUUCUCGUUACCGGUAUCAAGGUCGUCGACCUCCUCGCCCCCUACGCCCGUGGUGGAAAGAUUGGUCUCUUCGGUGGUGCCGGUGUCGGCAAGACUGUGUUCAUUCAGGAGCUCAUCAACAACAUCGCCAAGGCCCACGGUGGUUACUCCGUCUUCACUGGUGUCGGUGAGCGUACCCGUGAGGGUAACGAUCUGUACCACGAAAUGCAGGAGACUUCCGUCAUUCAGCUUGAUGGCGAGUCCAAGGUCGCCCUGGUCUUCGGUCAGAUGAACGAGCCUCCUGGAGCCCGUGCCCGUGUCGCCCUUACCGGUCUUACCGUCGCUGAGUACUUCCGUGACGAGGAGGGUCAGGAUGUGUUGCUCUUCAUUGACAACAUUUUCCGCUUCACCCAGGCCGGUUCCGAGGUGUCUGCCCUUCUUGGUCGUAUCCCCUCUGCCGUCGGUUACCAACCCACCCUCGCCGUCGACAUGGGUGGUAUGCAGGAGCGCAUCACCACCACCACCAAGGGUUCCAUUACCUCCGUCCAGGCCGUCUACGUCCCUGCUGACGAUUUGACUGAUCCUGCCCCCGCCACCACCUUCGCCCAUUUGGACGCCACCACCGUCUUGUCCCGUGGUAUCUCCGAGUUGGGUAUCUACCCCGCCGUCGACCCUCUCGACUCCAAGUCUCGUAUGCUCGACCCCCGCAUUGUCGGUGAGGAGCACUACCAGACCGCCACCCGUGUCCAGCAGAUCCUCCAGGAGUACAAGUCUCUUCAGGAUAUCAUUGCCAUUCUUGGUAUGGACGAACUUUCUGAAGCCGAUAAGCUUACCGUCGAGCGUGCCCGCAAGAUCCAGCGUUUCCUGAGCCAGCCUUUCACUGUCGCCCAGGUUUUCACUGGUAUCGAGGGUAAGCUCGUCGACCUCAAGGACACCAUCGCCUCCUUCAAGGCCAUUCUUUCUGGUGAGGGUGAUGACCUCCCCGAGGGUGCUUUCUACAUGGUUGGUGACUUUGCUUCCGCCCGCGCCAAGGGUGAGAAGAUUCUUGCCGAGCUUGAGGCGAGCGCUUAAUUUGGUGGUGGCGAGGUGUAAAAGUGGGAAGGAAUCGGCGACCUGUGUAUAGAAGCGAAAAUGGUUUCCGGGGAGUUCCCUAGCUCAGUCAAGUUUCUUUUGUGAGCUGUGUAUCAAUUGAGUCUUUCCACGUUAUCUCUGUGUGUAUCCCGUCGUUAUGUCUGUUCCAUUUCGUCUGAUGUCUGCGUGUGAAAGUCUCGGCAUUAGAUUUGGUACACAUGGUGGUGGGAUAAAAGGGGGGGCCAAUGGGAGAUUUUGAUUGCUGAUAUAUAGUAAAUGAAGGUUUAGCCUGUGUCGUCCUGUGUGCUUUGUGAAAGAGCAGUUGUCGUAUGGGUGACGGGAUUUUAAGAGUCCGUCGAAUGGAGGGC